GGGUACUUUACUGCACAUUUAAGAAAAUCAAACCAAAACCAAAGUAAAGCAAAUCCCCACAGUUCCUAACUAACCUAAAAUCAUUAUCUCUAUUUGGGCUCUCGGAACAUCAACCGAUACCUUCAACUUAUUCCUUGACAGCAAAACUGGGGAUGUGCUUGAUCGUAUUUUUUUUUUCAUCUUUCAAUCACUAUUUAAUAUAAUCUACCCCGAUUUGUUUUUCCUUCUUGUUUCUUUUUCGAAGGUCGAGUGUAGAACUAAUCGAAGGAUUUGUACUUAUCCAACUGAUCUUUAUACCGCACAACCGGGAACAAAUUCACGUUCGCACAUUCGCAUAUACGAACAUCCAAAGGUCCUCAGUUUGGUUCAUUCGAUCCAUUCCAAGAUCCCAGGCCUCAAAACCCACACAAAUCCCACCGUGAAUUCUUUCCAUUCUUUCCUAUUACUGCGCAAUCUAUCUAACUUCCUCUCUUCCCCAAACACCCUUCAUUUCUAACGAAACUUGAUCCUUUCCUUACCUGCGAUAUCAUCGCAUCGUAUCGCCUCUUCCCGGGCGCAUGGGCUCCUCAAUCAUGUUGAACGGGUCGGACCCCGUGUCUUCUUUCUCAACCGAAGCAACAAACAGGCUUAAUCAUUAUUAUCAAGUUGAUAACGAGAGGCAGUCUUUCAUUCAUAAUAUUCUCGAAAAAAUCGAAGCCGAUUCUAAAAAGAUAAAUGAACUCGAGCUUGAUCUAGCCGACCAAAAGCGAUCGCGAGCUUCUUAUCAGUCUAGGGCGAGCACUCUCGAAAACGAAGUGGAAAGGCUUGCUCAUCAACUUAAUAAGGAUUCAUUUGUAGUUGUACUUAUUGAUGGUGAUGGAGCUAAAUUUGCGGAUGAAUUCUUACGCGACACUGUCGCGGGCGCCGAAAGGGCUGCGAUAAAGCUCAAGCAAGCCGUCAGAGAGAAUCUUAGAGAUACAGGCGUCAGCCAAGAUGAUAUCCCUAUUAUCGUCCGCGUCUAUGCUAAUCUCAAUGAUCUAUCUAAAUCAUUACGCCUAUCACAAGUUACAGACUUUGAUGACCAGAUGCGCUUAUUCGCAGAGCGAUUCACAAACAGUCGAGCGGACUUUGACUUCGUUAAUGUCGGCAAAGGCAAAGAGAACGCUGACUCCAAGAUAAGACGCAUGCUUAAUCAUUACUAUAGAAAUAUUCAGUGCAAGAAGAUAUUUCUCGCCGGCUGUUGCCAUGACAAUGGUUAUCUACACGAUCUUCGUGACUAUACCGGCGCGGCCGACGAUAGAUUAGUGCUUUUGGAGACUACGCCCGCGGAACCAGCUUUCAGGAGCCUCGGGUUUCCUCUCUUACGAUUCGACGAUGUUUUCCGUUCAGAACCACUGACCAACGAAACGAAGCAUAGCUUUUCGACAAUGUCCUUUGGACCUCAUUCACCCGUGGAGACCCCCGUCGCAACUGGUCCAGGUCCGAUUGCCAGACCUACACAGCCUAUACAGAAACCUAGUACGGUGGUGUCGCCCACAGCACAGGAGCCAAGGCAGUCUUUUACGCCUCGCCCCACCUCUACACCGGUGUCUGUCAGCACAUCGUCGUCGGUCCCACCUCCCGCUACCCCUGAGCAACCGAAUGCUGCACCACCUCGCGGGCCAAACGUCAUUAGCUCUGGGAAUGGCGGCACUUCUAUCAGUUACGCUACGGCAGGUGGAGUUACUGACUUUCAGAACGUCACAGUUAAAGCACCUAAACCCAAGAAACUCCCAAAGAUUAUAUAUUACAAUAGUGAUAGCUACCGCAUUGAUUCACCUACGCAACAUCCCCCCAGAACUCCCGCUCAGGCGUCCUACCAGGCCAAAUUUCAAUCUAUCAAGCCGUCAGUGUUUUGCAACGACUUUUACCUUAAGGGACGCUGUAAAUGGGGUAUUAGUUGCGACAAAACUCACGAUGCUGAAUUAACUGGCCCGGAACUUGCUAUCCAUCGCUAUAAGGCUCGAACUAGCUUGUGUCCUGCAGGUCCCUAUUGCUCCGACUACGACUGCUAUCUCUCCCAUCACUGCCCACGAGCGCCAUGCACCCGAGGAGAGAUGUGCCCCUUCUACGAUACCGAUAAAUUUGGAGACCUGCAUCUGACUAAGGACCAGCUUCAGCCAACUACUAGGUGGACGGAAGGACUUGAUCUUCCUGAGCACAUACGCUAAUUGCCCGGAACGAAGGAGUUGGGGAAAAAAUGAUUGCUUAAGUAGGUGUCGAUUUUUAUUAUUCUUAUAUUUAAAAUUAAGAAAAGCCAGAAAAGAACAGAAGGUGGCGUGAUAGCUGUUCUUAUGAUAUCGAGGAGUUGGUUGGCUUUAGUGGAGGAGGCAGAUCUUAUUUUAUUUUUAUUUUAUUUUAUUCUAGGGGGGUACAUAUCAUGAGCAUGCAUGAUACUCCCUUCCUUCCCCCCUAAUAUGGCAACGAGAACAUAGGACGGAUAAACAAACGGAUUUAUUCGUGUUGGGGGUUACGACGAAUAUGACUUAAAAAAGACCACCAUCUCAUUAGCAGCAUAUGGUGGUCCCCUGGUACCGAAAAAGCAAAAAGGGAAGAGCAAAAGCAGACAGCAGAGAGCAAAAAUUGUGAAUUGUGGCAGAUUGGCAAGAUUGAUCAAGACAGAAAAGAGAUACAUCGUUUACGUUUGCACGCAUUUGCAGCCUUACAUACCUGUAAGAUUAUUAGGUAGUCAUCUCACCUAAGCAAUAAAAUAUACUUGGCUACCUACCUA